AUGUCCAAGUCACCGGUAACCUGCCAUGUGCUGGAUUCCUCUGUCGGCAGGCCAGCCGCGGGAGUGCCUGUACAGCUCCAAAAACUCAAGUCCGCCGAUGGACCCACAGCCGGAUUUGAUGUGCUCGCCGAUGGUGUAACCGAUCACGACGGUCGCUGUAUGCAGCUGUACCCUGAGGCCGGCCCCGGACAGAAGAGGGAAGACCUCAUCAAACUCCAAGCCGGGAACCUCUACAAGGUCGUCUUCAAGACAAAGGACUACUUCGAAGGUACUGGCCGGAAGUCCUUCUAUCCAUGGGUUGAGAUCACCUUUGAGGUGCCCAGCCCAACGGAGCACUAUCAUAUACCAUUGCUCAUCAGCCCAUAUUCGUACACGACAUACCGCGGCAGCUAG